UUGACAGAUACUAUCAGUGGCUUUCUGCAGCUGGUUUUCCUCGAUUUUAUCGGAGAACUUUUCAUUUGAAAAAUUGCGGUACCUUUAGAAUCGCAAGCUCGCAGCUAAGAAUGGAUUCAGAAUACAAAAAGAAAAUAGCUGAGCUUAAAAGUAAAAUAAAGAGUUUUCCUGACUUUCCUAAAAAGGGAAUAUUAUUUUGGGACAUAUUCUCAGCAAUCUCAGACGGCCAAACCGCCAAACUGCUCCAGAACUUGCUCGUAGAAACCGUCAACGCGAAAUUCCCACAAGUGGAAGCCAUCAUCGGUCUGGAGUCCCGAGGCUUCCUGUUCUCAUUUGCCCUGGCAGCGGAGUUGGGAGUGGGCUGCGUACCGGUCAGGAAGAAAGGGAAGCUCCCCGGAGAUGUUGCCUCGUAUAAAUAUGAUUUGGAAUAUGGAUCGGAUAUUUUAGAAAUCCAGAAGAACACAAUCCAACCUGGACUCAACUGCCUCAUUGUUGACGACUUAAUAGCCACUGGUGGCUCUCUGGCUGCUUCCAUACAUUUGCUCAAAACCUGCGGUGCCAAUGUUAUGGGCUGUUUGACAGUCAUCGAACUGGAAUCUUUGAACGGACGCAAGAACAUUCCAGACGGUAUACUGGUACAUUCCUUGAUUAAGUAUGAUUAGCUAGUCUAGAUCUAAGCACAAAAAUUGAAACAAAAUGACAUGAAACCAAUUAAUUUGUAAAUUGACUGAGAAGUCUUCUCUG